AUGGAAGAUGGGUUACAGAAAUCAUAUUCUAGUGCUGGUACAAACAGUGAAGAGAUCACAACAGACUUUCCAGCUGGGAAUGCGCCCUUCUCAAAGGAUUCCCUCCUGACCAGUACAAAAUGGGGGAACCAAACAUCAGUAACAACAUUCAUCCUCCUGGGAUUUGGAGGUCUCCCUCAUCUACACAUUUUUCUCUUCUUGCUGUUUUUAGUGAUUUACGUGGUGACCGUGACUGGGAACAUCCUCAUCCUUGUGUUAGUUGUGGCUAAUCAACACCUGCACACCCCCAUGUAUUUCUUCCUGGGGAAUUUGUCCUGUUUGGAGACUUGCUACACGUCCAGCAUCCUGCCCAGGAUGCUAGCCAGCCUCCUGACUGGGGACAGGACUAUUUCUGUCAGUGGCUGCAUUGUGCAGUUUAAUGUGUUCAGCUCUCUGGCAGCUGUAGAGUGUUUUCUCCUUGCUGUGAUGUCUUACGAUAGGUACUUUGCAAUAUGUAAGCCACUGCACUAUGCAAGUCAGAUGAAUGGGAGGUUCUGCGUCCAGCUGGCCUCUGGGUCCUGGGUUAGUGGCUUUCUGGCUAGCAUGGUAACAACUUCUUUGUUGUCCCAAUUCACUUUCUGUGGCCCGAAUGAGAUUGACCAUUUCUUUUGUGAUUUCACCCCAUUGAUCAAACUGUCCUGCAGCGACACUAGUGUAAUGGAACUCGUGACCUUUAUACUUUCCUGUAUGUUCACUGUUCUUGGCUUUUUCUUUAUCCUGAUAUCCUAUGCUUGCAUCAUGAGCACCAUCCUGCAAAUCCCAUCUGGCACUGGGCGGCAAAAGGCAUUUUCCACUUGUUCCUCUCACCUUAUUGUGGUGACCAUUUUUUAUGGUACCCUAAUGAUGGUCUAUAUGUUACCAGACACUGCUACAUUAAGAGCUCUGAACAAAAUGCUGUCUGUUUUCUACACUGCCUUAACUCCCAUGGUCAACCCACUCAUAUACAGCUUGAGAAACAGAGAAGUGGAAAAAGCCUUUAGGAAAAUUCUUAGAAAAGCUGGGCUUCUCAGAAAAAGAAUAGCAGAAAAUUAA